AUGCGUAUUGACGUCCUGCUGGGCCUCGGCCUCCUGGCCGAGACUGCUUUGGCACUUCCUCAACCUCCUCCCACUAUUACUAGAAUCCCUAAGCCUUAUGUCCCUCCUGUUCCUUUUCCUCUUCCUCAAUUCUGGACUCGAAAAAACAAAGCGAGAAAGUCAACCCAGGUAGUCACUGCUACCGUCACGGCCGAUCCGGCCACGAUAGCCAAUGCUACCAUCAUUCGCGAUCCCAAGACGGAGACGGAGGCUACAGCUACUGAUACCUCGACUGUCGAAGUAAAGACUACUUUCGCUCCUGAAACUGAUGGGGAUCAAGAGCCAGAGGCAGAAGCGACCGAUGAUGGAACUGGACUUGGCCGUAAAACCACUGUCAUUGUCGAUACACAGACAAUCUUCAAGACAAACACGCUCUCCGAUACUACCACCCUUUCGGUAACAGCCACCCAGAAUUUGGCCAAUUGGGCCACUGCUACGACCACCGUCAACGCUACCUCAACUAUCCUGGAGACGGCGGCCGUUUCUACCACACAGACUUCUAUUGUCAAUGCUACUGAGACGGUCCUUGCUACCAGCUCUGCUACAACUACGCAGACAUCUCUUGUUACUGCUACUGUCUCUGCUACCGUCUCUGGUACUACAACUGAUACUACGACCGAGGUCGUCACUUCGAUCAGCUCUGCUACCACAACAGAUACCACAACUGAGGUUCUUACCUCGACUGUCUCUACUACAGAGACUGACACGACAACUGAAGUCCUUACCUCGACCAUUUCUGCUACAGAGACUGACACGACAACCGCAGUCGUCACUUCGACUGCCCUUGCUACUGAAAUAGACACAACAACUCAGGUUGUCGCAUCCACUUCGACCAUUCUUUCCACUGAUGUCGUCUCUGCGACUUCGACCGAAUUGGUUACUUCCAACGUAACAGAGACGGUCUUUUUCAUGGAUAGAAUUACGAGCACUGAUACUCAAACUGUUACUGCUACUGUCCAGUCUACACAGACGAUCUCUUCGACUGAUAUCGAUUCUUCUACGUCUACUCUGACUGCUACUUCUACUGUCUUUGUGACUAGCUCUGCUGCUACCACCGAGACAGACGUCGUCACUUCUACAAAUGUCGUGACUUCUACGGCCACUGUUACGACAACAGUUUCGAUGACGAAUCCUGUGACCGUCACAUCUACUGCUGUUGAGACUUCAACUUCAGUUGUCAACUCUACUUCAACGGUCUUCAUCACUGAUUCCGUUGCUACUACUCAGACAGCAACUGUCACAUCGACUGAUGUUGUUGAGACUACAUCUACAUUCUUUACCACGGCUGUUGCUUCUUCUACCGUUACAGAAACUGCAACUGCCACUUCUACUUCAACAGUCAACUCAACUUCCACCCUCACGGCCACUGUCCCUGCUACGGUGACCUCCACUUCGACGGAUGUUGCUACAGUCACCUCUACAGUUGAGACAACCGAUACUUCUUUCACCACCGGUGUGACAUCAGUUACAAGAACUGGUACCAUCUUCCUUGUCGAAACAAGUGUCAACUCUGCAACUACCACUUCCACGCUCCUUACUACUCUCACUACCACCGACACAGUCGUUGUCUCCAGUACCUCUAUAUCUUCUGCCGUAGAGACACAGACGCAGACUGCCUCUGAGACUGCUACUACUCUCACCACUGUCACUACUACUAACACUGCCAACCCGCAGUCAUCCACUAUCGCUGUUGCGUUCCUUACAACUACAGUCACUAGGUCUGCCGCACCAUCAGCCAGUGAUACUGACGCUCUCUACAGGAGAGUCGUGCCUAAGUCUGUGAUCUCUGAACAGGCCGCUGCCGCAACUAACUCCAGCACGGAGUCUACAGUCGCUGCUGCUUCAGCCUCCAACUCUAGUGCGCAGUCAAUUGCCGCGGCUUCAGCUUCCAGCUCCAGCACGGAGUCUACAAUUGCUGCGGCUUCGGUCUCCAGCUCCAGCUCCAGCUCCAGCGCAAAUUCUACGAUUGUCGCUACUUCAGCCUCUAACUCGUCUACUACGGCUGCUGCCUCUACUUCCGAGCCUCCUACUGUGGCAAAGUUCCUUUCUACUACUACUAUGAUCGCUCCUGCCACUGUAGCCAAGGCUCCUACAUCGAACAACACAGUUGUAGCCACUGAGUCUAAGUGCACAAAGGCCAAGACCAGCACGAGUAUGGCCACGGUCAUCGUUGUUGCCACAGAUGCACCUUCUUCAAAGCCUUCUCAGUCCACGGUUAUUGUCACCCAGGUGGUUCAGGUUGCAUCAGCCUCUGAGCCUGCGUUUGACUCCUUGGAAGUCACUUGGGCACCUACCGAAACGUUUUCUACAUCUAAACAGCCUGGCUGGACAGCUGUACCUGCUUCAGAGUCUACUCUGUUUAAUCAGAAUACUACGGAGACUAGGACGGAGUCAACAUCUGGCGCUGAUGCUCAGUCCACUGCUGGUUCUUCUUCCGAAUCUGCUUCAGAAGCUUCGAUCGCUGCUGAGUCGACAUCUAACUCUACCUUCAAAACUGUUGCCAAGUUAACUUCCGGUUCUAGCUCUAAUUCAGCAUCUGAGUCUACUGCUCAACCCUCUGUAAGCGUUACAAGAGUUACAGCCGUCCAAGAACCAGUUACAAUUACAAGCAUAACGACUGAGACUCGUACCACGACUGAGAUAGCAUUUACUGCUUCACCUGCCAGCUCCGCGGUAAAGAGCUCUAGCUCCAGCACAGAGAGUGUCACUGAAGCGGCCGCUUCUGCAACUCAGACUCCUACCAGGGAAAGUUCUACCACUACCCCUACUCCUACCCCAGAGGCUACUCCUCUUGAGGAUGGCGCCCCCGUCCCCGACAACUGGUUUUUUCGAGCCAUGAAGUCCCUCCGCUUUUGGUAG